UCUAUGGCAUCCCUGUGAUUGAACCUUUUAAGCACCUUUAUUUGUGAGUGUAGGUAGUUGACCUGAAAAUUUGAGCAUCUAAAACUACUUCAAAGAACCAUUGUACCAUUAUGUAGUUUUAGGACCUUAAAACGUAAUAAUUGAGAAACUAAGCUGGAUAUUUGUCCUGGAAGCUGAAAACUAAGCCAAGAAACCUCAAAGAAAUGCUGCAUCUAAAAAUACACUUUCCCUGCGUAUAUUGAUGUUGAAAAAGAGGUUCAUGGACCUUGAUGUUUUUGAUCAACUAGCUAAAUGCAUGCAUUUGCUGCUUUUGAGAGUGGGUAAGAGUCAUUUAAGGAUCAGCUGAAGUCUUAAAACUCUAGUCCAGCUGUGAUCCACAGAUGCAUACAUCAAGGUGCGUCUUAUGUAACCGAGCACCAUGAUUUGGUGUGAUGAAAUCAAAAGGAAAUGAAAUCUAUCGAGACUCCUGAAGCAGUCACCUAACCCUUCCGUGCGAUUUAAAAUAUUGAUAUAUUAUUCAGCUCAAAUCAACUGUAGCUAACCUACUUCCAGUAUUAGCGCCGUCGUACAUUUCUGUCAUUUCGUUAUCAUCUAGCGCGAGGUGGAAAUGGAAAUGUUGCCGUUAUGUAGCUGCAGAUUUGCAGGGAGGUGUGUGGGUGCCACUAGCUUUUAUUUCUGUUCCGCACUCAUGUGUGCGAGGUGCAUUUUUGAAUGGUCUGAGGAAAGGACCGAGUUAUCAGAGGCGUGCAGCUUUUCCUACACUUCCUGCAAAAACAUCCCGAGGAGCCGGGCCCAACAUAGCCGGGAAGAGGGCAGGAAGUGGGGCUGAGAUCACAGGAAGUGCAAAGCAAAAAGCUUUGAAAACAGGUCUAGUGGAAGUUUUUGAUGACUGUAGAAGUGGUUUGAAGAAAUGAUGGUUGGGAUUUGUGUGUGUUGGUAGAAAGGCGUGGGAGUUUUGAUGAUCCUGUAUUUAAAAUGCAUGGUUUCAUAUUCUUUUCAUUCAGACCCACACCAUGUCCUCCAUUUAAAUAUUGUUAUUCUGACUGCAACAUGCAUAGAGACUAUUGCCACAGUUGAUCCACAACAAAUUCUCAUUGGCCCUGAAACUGGCAGUAUUACGUGGCGCCAGGAGUGACAGAGAUGUUUAUUACAACCAGAAUGAUGGAUUUAAAUGUAGCCUCACCUGAGGUGUUUCGAGAAACGUUGGCGAUUGGCUGAGAUGAUUGAACCCUGUUUGCUUAUUGGUCGAGAUCAGCGAGGGAUGUUUUCGGUUGGUUGAGAUGGUCUGGAAACCUUCCUGCUGUAAUUUCCUCUUUCCUGCUGGUUUUCCUGCUCGGGAAUACUCAGCAUCAGGGUUGGGCUUCAAGUGUCCUGAAAUCUCAGAGUUCAGAACGAGUGCUGGGACGUUCGAGUCGAUACUUCACCAACCUGGAAACACAAAGUACGCUGGGUGGAAUAUUGGCAGAAUACAACUGGAAUACAAGAUUGAAAGCUUGGAAACUUUGAAGAAUACUCCGAGGAGACCAACUUCACGAAAACACCCACGGUCCUUGUUGUAUAGGAAAGCUCACAUGGGAAGCCCAGGUCAAAGGGUUGUGAGGCUGACGUGUUGAGCAGAACGCACACACACACACACACACUCUCCCAGAGCAUGCCUAUCAGUCCACCUGCCGACGGCAAACAUGAGGGUCUCGACCGGCCGCGGCAACAACACGCCCCUACCAACGGUAACUACGGAGAUGACAGCAUUCGGGCCUCUCCUGGGACUAAAUCUACCUCCGAACCUAUGGAGGAUCUCCACGGAAACGCAGUUGUCAUCCGCAUCGGAAUCCCUGAUCUGCAGCAAACGAAAUGCCUGCGAUUGGAUCUUGAAGCUCCAGUUUGGGUUUGUAAGCAGCGAGUUCUGGUCACUUUGACACAAAGCCUGACCGAUGUGCUUAACUAUGGCCUCUACCUCCCUGCCUUUAACGGGCGCGCCGGAAAGUUCCUCGAUGAGGAGAGAUUGCUCAGCGAGUACCCUCUCCCUACGGUCACACCCGUCCCAUACCUAGAAUUCCGGUAUAAGAGGCGUGUUUACACUCAGAGCUAUGUAGAUGACAAGCAACUGGCUAAAUUACAUACCAAGGCCAAUUUAAAGAAAUUUAUGGAGUGUGUUCAACAGAGGAGCGUAGAAAAGGUCUGCAGGUUUUUGGAGAAAGGGCUGGACCCCAACUUUCACGAUACUGACAGCGGAGAAUCUCCUCUGACUCUCGUGGCCCAGCUGGACUCAUGUGGCGAUCUGAUCAAGGUGUUGAGGAGCGGAGGGGCUCACCUGGACUUCAGAACCAGAGAUGGCCUGACUGCGCUGCACAAAGCGGUCCAAACGCACAACCAUGUAGCACUGACUACAUUGUUGGAUCUGGGGACCUCUCCAGACUAUAAAGACAGUCGUGGGCUUACCCCCCUCUAUCACAGCGCCAUGGUCGGGGGAGAUCCGUACUGCUGUGAGCUGCUGCUGUACGAUCACGCCCAGCUGGGCUACAGUGAUGAGAACGGCUGGCAAGAGAUUCAUCAAGCUUGUCGUCAUGGAAACGUGCAGCACCUUGAGCACCUGUUAUUCUAUGGAGCGGAGAUGAGCGCUCAGAAUGCCUCAGGAAACACAGCGCUUCACCUGUGUGCCCUCUACAACCAGGAAGGCUGUGCUAGAGUUCUCCUAUUUCGAGGAGCAAAUAAAGAAAUCAAGAACUACAACAACCAAACAGCAUUUCAGGUUGCCAUCAUCGCAGGGAACUUCGACCUGGCAGAAAUCAUCAAGAUCCAUAAAACCUCAGAUGUUGUGCCUUUCAGGGAGACCCCCUCGUACUCGUCUCGGCGUCGUGCGGUCUGCAUAUCCCCACGUCGCUCUCUGAUGCGAUCGGCCAGCGAUAACGCUCUGGAUGAGAGUCUGCCCGCCCCGUCUCCGGCCCCCUCGCUUCGCAGUCUGCCUCCACUAGAGCCUGAUGACAACGUGCCCACCCAGCGCAGCCCCCAAGCUGCUCACACACACACGCGGAGCCUCAGGAGACACACACGCGGGCAUCUGAGCCCUGGCAGUCCUGUACAAAGAGAGCCGAGUCCUCCUGCUGUGUCUCGAGGUCCAAAGCGACGACUCUACAGCGCAGUGCCCGGCCGCACCUUCAUCGCCGUCAGCUCCCACACCCCACAGGGCGAGGGUGAGAUCACGCUGAACCGCGGAGAGAGGGUCAAAGUGCUAAGCAUAGGUGAGGGAGGAUUCUGGGAAGGUUCAGUUAAAGGACGGACCGGCUGGUUUCCUGCUCACUGUGUAGAGGAGGUCCAGAUGAGACAGUAUGACCCACGACUUGAGACGAGAGAAGAUCGCACCAAGAGACUUUUUAGGCACUACACUGUUGGCUCCUAUGACAAUUAUACCUCCUACAGCGAUUAUGUUAUAGAAGAAAAAAGUGCAACACUGCAGAAAAGAGACAGCGAAGGAUUUGGCUUCGUGCUUCGGGGAGCUAAAGCCGAGACGCCCAUAGAGGAGUUCACGCCAACGCCUGCCUUUCCUGCCCUGCAAUAUCUGGAAUCAGUGGACCUCGAGGGGGUGGCAUGGAGGGCAGGAUUAAGGACGGGGGAUUUCCUCAUAGAGGUGAAUGGGGUGAGUGUUGUAAAGGUGGGCCACAGGCAGGUGGUAUCUCUGAUUCGGCAGGGUGGGAGUCGCCUCGUAAUGAAGGUGGUGUCCGUCACACGCAAACCUGAUACGGGGGAUGUGGUCCGCAAGAAAGCCCCCCCACCUCCUAAAAGGGACCCAAGCACCAGCCUGACCCUACGCUCCAAAAGCAUGACCGCAGAACUGGAGGAGCUGGCGUCGAGGAGAAGGAGGGGAGAGAAGUUGGAUGAGAUGUUGAGUUCGCCAAAAGAACCUGUUGUAGUGAUGAGGCCACGCCCCCCAGAUGGAGACUGCAGAGCGGCCACUGUGAAACCGAGACCGACGAGUCGACGCAUCACACAGGCUGAGAUCAGUUCCUUGUUAGAGAGACAGGGUUUGCCAGGAGUGUCCUUGGGUGUGGACAGAAGUCACAUGCAGCUUCCUCGAGGGAUGUCCAGAACCAAGUCAUUUGGUGUUCCUGAAGAUGAAAGAAUUUCUGCCCUGAUUGGAGAGCAUCGCUUCCCCCGAAGCUCCUCAAUGACAGACAGCUUUAGACAAGACAGUAUUCCACCGCCUCCGCAGACAGCUCCUCCACCACCUCCGACUCCCUACUUCCUUGAUUCAGGGCCACCUCCUUCGUUUCUUCCACCUCCGCCCCCCUCUCGCGCUGCCAACCAGAGCCGAUCUAGCUUUCGCCCGGGGGUGGAGCCUAAGCUCCACGGCCCAGUCACGACUGAUCGCCAACGAAAAACCCGCUCCAUGAUCAUUCUUCAGGACACCGCCCACUUGCCAGUGGAGCCUGCCCCUAUAGCAAGACCGCAAACGCCUACCUCUGGAGCUGUUCCUCCUGAACGUGGCCGUAGGCGCGGGCCAGCUGUCGAGAACCCAUAUGCUAACGUAGGUCGCCUUAGUGCCGUCUACACUCCAACCAAGCCUCAACGUAGGAAGAGCCCUCUAGUCAAGCAAGGACAAGUUGAGGAAAGUGCUCAGACAAGCAGAGACCCCUCUCCUUUGGGAGGGUUACGGAUACCCCACAGCAGCAGGGCAGAGCAGUUCCAACAGCAGGUUCUCUCAGAGCGAGCCAGGAUCACACCCCCUGGGGCUCGACGCAGGCCUAGCGUUUUCCUGUCUGUGGAAGGGGGCGCAACAGAACCACAGACAACCCCGUUACUGUCUCAGUCUCACUCAGUGGACGAAUUGGCUGAGUUGCCUCCACCCGCACCUAUGCUCUCCCCUGGCCCACCACCAGGGGGAACCACUUUUAUACAUCCUCUAACAGGUCGACCACUGGAUCCCUCCUCACCAUUAGCGCUUGCACUGGCCGCACGAGAACGGGCUCUUAGUGGCCGGACUACACCCACUCCUACACCGUCACCCACACCUUCUCCCACUCAAGGCAGAGCAGUGGAGAGGCCAGAGACAGAGGGAGGAGCAACACCUCCUGCUCCUCUUGAGGCUCCUCCUUCAAAUUCAUGGCGAGAUGAACCUGUCAGUAUCACAGAGUCGACUAGCCAAGUGACUAGCGGUAGCCCGGGGUCUGGACGAAGCCUAGAAGAGUCAUUAGCGGCACCGAGCGUUCAAGGCGUCCAAACUACAUUAAUGGAUACAGAGCAUAGCCAACCAGCAGUCCCACCCCCCAUGCCCUCCCCUGCCCCCACCCUCUCGAAUCUAACCACACGAAGUCUGACUAUGAGCUCGGAGGAGGAUGCAGAGCCCUACACAGUGACUCUGCCCCCUGCUCUGCUCUCUUCAAGCGACGAGGAAACAAGAGAGGAGCUUCGAAAGAUAGGCCUCGUGCCACCCCCUCAACCCUUCUCGAAUGGCCUUCUAAUUAAAGAAACACCCAAAGCCACCCUAAGCAUUUCACCUACUGGAUCACGACCAUCUAUUGCCAAGACUUCCUCUGGUAAAGCAAGUGAUUCAACAGCGGACUCUGGGGUUGAAGACCCUCAUAUGGAGACCACCAGUACUGUUUCCACAGUCUCCAGCAUGUCCACCUUGUCUUCAGAGAGCACAGAUUCCGCUCAUGCAAGCAAACCACGUUGUGGGGUGGGGCGUGGUCGCCCCGCCCAUCUCAGGGACCCACUGCUUAAACAGUCAUCAGACAGCGAGCUGCUUCCACACCCACCCAGCACAGGCCCCACCCGUCCACGCUACCUAUUCCAAAGACGCUCCAAACUCUGGGGGGAGGAGCCCCGGACCCAGGUGGGUGGGGCUGAUGAAAGUCGGCCUGCUGCUAUGGGGGCAGAGUUACUAAGUAAAGACACUCAUUCACUGGGGGAGGAGCCACCAAUGGGAGCACCUCUUGACCCUGGCAGGAGGUCACCUGUGGGAGGAGCCAGAUGUGAGGAGAAUGGAGGAGAGAGUAAAUCACUAUUUAGCAGUUUAGGUGAGCUUCACACCAUUUCCCAGAGGAGUUACGGCACCACCUUCACCAUCCGGCCUGGUAGCCGAUACCCUGUGACCCGUAGGACUCCCAGCCCUGGAGCCACCCCUGAACGGAGUGAACCGCUGGGCCCCGUACGUACUUUCGGUCCCCAUCACCACCAUCACACCAUCCUCAAGUCCUCUAGCCUGAGUUUACCCCAGGAGCCCAAGGAGGUGCGUUUCGUCAUGAGGAGCGCCAGCGCCCGAGCCCGCAGCCGAUCUCCAUCACCUUCCCCAUGCGCUUCCCCUUGCCCCUCACCGGUUCUUGGAGGCCCACUUCUUGCCCUGCGACCAUUCAGACAGCGCCCCCUAGCACUUUGGAGUAAGUAUGACGUGGGAGAAUGGCUAGAGAGUGUAGGACUAGGGGAACACCGCGCCCGGUUUUUGGAGCAUGAGAUUGAAGGCGCGCACCUGCCUGCCCUCACCAAGGACGAUCUGGCAGAGUUAGGAGUGACUCGAGUGGGACACAGAAUGAACAUUGAACGUGCGCUAAAGCAGCUGCUAGAUAGUUGAGGAGAACAAAAAUACAGGAAAUAGUUCCCAUUACUAAAUCUUUUAAAUUGUUACAAAGAAACUUAAGACGAGUUCUCCACAGAUUAAGACCUAACACACUUAUUUCUGACCCCACUCUUUUAGUACUCACACAACAUAUUAGCCAUGCACCCUUGAUUUUACACAUCUUCACAUUCAUCACUUCCAUCUACUAGGAGUAAAACUGAACUGCCGGAAAGGAGCAUGGGCCCAUUGCGCAAUAUCGAUCAAAUUUACUGGCCAUGUUUUUUGUUAAGUAGGUUUCCUGCACAAUAACACAUGAAAUUGCCAGCAAGCAGCCAUUUCUUUCAUGCGCCUUUUUUUUACAAUUAAACUACAACAGCAGGCGUGGGACAACACAACAGCCGGAUAUCACAUUGUAAGAAGAAGUAUAAGGAUAUCUUCACACGCUUCCAUGAGAGAGACAUCUAAAAAUCAGUGUCCACUUGGAAUCAAAAGGGGAAAAAAUGGAAAGCUGGUUCUGUAAACGAUGCCGAUGCUUCCAAGUGCCCAUUAUUUACAGUAUGUCCAUCAACCAUCUCGCAACUGGAAAGUAGAUAGCCAUGUUAAUGAUGAUAAGAUGUAUCGCUGCGACUGGACUUGGCAUGUGAAUACAACAUGUCCAAAUAAGAAAGGAUCUGACAAUCUGCCCUAAACCAGGAGAAGAAAAAACUUCUCCCAAUACAAUACAAGUGUGGCCUUGAGGUAAUACUGCCGCCAUCGAAAAUUUGUUAAAGAUAGAUAUUUUCAGUCACUACAUUCAAUUUUAUAUGUAUAUGAUAUAUAUGGAGUUAUAUAUUCAAAAAGGAGAAUGUAUGAGGUGAGAUAUACUUGUCUUAUACUUGUCCUGUGAGUGUGUCAUAUUUGGUCUCUUUAUAUUUGUUAUUUGAUUUGUCAAUUAUAAAGUGAUACCCUGACAUUAAUACAGUAAACCCCCCAUCCCCGUCCCCGUCCCCCGUCCGUAGUACAACAAGUGAUUUGUGAAAUGAUUAGCUCAGUUUUUUAGUCGGUUAUUUAAGAACUUUAUUUCAAACAGAGCUUUGACUUACGUCUAUUAUAAAUCAAUUCUCCUUAAGACUUUAUGUAGAAUGUAAUUUCGUUGAAAAACAGGAUUUGAAAUACUAUGGGUUGUUGGUAUACAUGUAUUUGUUACCUUUUGUAUGUGAUAAUUACGCGUCAGUCUAUUUGAUCAAUUUGUGAAUUUACCAAGACUAUGUUUCUUUGCCAUGAUCUAUUUGGUUAUGUAUUGUGCGAUUGCGCAUUUGGAAUUGAAUGCUUAUCGAGGCUUUUCGUUUAGAACAAUAUUAGCUAAAUAUAUGCUACCUAAGGGCUUUAACAAAGACAGCAUUAAGCGUUUACAAUUGUUUCUAAAUCUCUUUGGCAAAAUUGCCUAAUCCUCAACCAUUAGUAAAAUCACACUUAAGUAACUUCAUGACACAUUAACAUAUCAAAGGUAUUGCUCGUGACUUUCCCCAAAAUCUUGCUAACAUUUGUUUGAAUUAUGUAUACAAAUUCGGCCGAAUCAUCUGAACUGUGAAUAUUUCACUCUAUUUUUCAAUUCUCUUGCUUUAAAAUCCUUCAGAUUGUCUGAUAAUCCAACACUGAGAUUAUAUGCAUCACUAUAAAAAUGAUUUUGACUUGUAUGUUUUGUUCGGUAGGCUCUGCCAACAGAGGAAAAUCCUUGCACACGUGUCUCCUCCAGUUGAUCAAUUUGCACAAAGAUGUGGGUGCUACUGUUUAUAAGCCAUGUGCAUAAAAUAUUACUGUACUUCCCUCAUCUGCCUCUCAGCUCGUCCCUCUUCAGUCCAACUUUCUCUCAUCCACACUAGUACAUGAUUAAAUACUGGUGUAUGAGGCAUCUUUGUUCUUGAGUUCACUACUUUAAGAAGCUCUCUUAUGUUGUUGACUUCUUUUGUAUUGUUUGUUGGAUGAAGUGAUUUGAAGAUUGAGUUUUGGACAUGUUUGCUUUAAAAUGAGAAAUAUGUUCACAAAAAUAUCAUUUGAUUUGUCUGUUAUUAAAGAUAAUCUCGCAGGCUGUGGAGAUUAAUCAUAAUAUAUCAUCAUUUGGAGAAAAACAAUCGGUUCGGGUUUAUUCAUCUAUCUUUCAGGAUGGCUAUAGAAUUUUAAAACGAAUACAAACAUGUUGCUGAUGGCUUUUCUGUGUGUUUUUGUGGAUUGUUGGUGUGAAUCCAUCAAAAGGGAGUUUUACAGUAACAUGUUUUGAACGUGUCUUUAUUUCUGAAAAUGAACAUUGAAAUGUUGUUCUACAAUACACAUCAAAGGAUUGUGACAAAAUUCCUAAUUGGAAAAAUA